AUGCUGACCGUCUUUCAAUAUUUGGUCGUCUUUCCAAUUUUUGCCUUUCCGCAGUUUUUAUCCUAUGAUGCGAUUCGAAUGAGGGUACCAGGACGUUGUAUGUUGGGUGACUAUGAUUGCGGGUUAGGUCAGUGUGUUCCAAUUUCACAGUUUCGAGAUGGAAAACCUGAUUGUAUGGAUGGUAGCGAUGAAUGGUGUUUCAUCGGUCAAGUUAGUUGUGGACCAGUUUAUUGUGCAGACUACAAAGAUGCACUGUCUUGUAUUGUAUAUCCAAAAUGUGAUGGCUCUUCAAAACAGUUACCUUGGUGUUCAGCUUCAAAAGAAAAAUUAUGUGCGGAUAAAACAUCGUUUCCGUGCAAAGGUUAUGGCGAAUGUGUCUUAUGGGAAUGGUUAUUAGAUGGAAAGAAAGAUUGUAUCGAUGGAAGUGACGAAGAUGAGAACUAUGUCAUGCCAUUGGAACAUGCAUACCGAUGUGCAAGAAAUCAGACUGGUCUCAUUCUCCCAAAACCUAUACCCCCACCUCCUGAGGAUCAUCCAUCUCUAUACGUAGAAGGUUGUUCAAUGUGUUCUAAACCACCAACAAUUCCUGCUCCUGUCUCAUCUAUUUCAUCAGAGACAGCUGGGGACCACACAACUCCAAAAUACCCUUUCAUAACAUCUUCACCAUUCGGAAAUACCCAACCACCACUAAGCAAUUUCCCAAUUUUCCCAAGUGAGGAACCUGGAGAUUUCUUUGUUCCACCAUCCGGUGUUGAAAUAUCAAGAGUAACAAGCAUCCAAAAACCAAAUGAACCAAUUGGGGAUUUCUUUCCAUCCCAUUCUUCAACUCACUUUCCACCAACAGAAGCAUACACUCAAUCUCACAAAUUUCGUCUGAUCACAAUUCCAUCUAUUAGUCAGACUCAGUAUCCUCAAGCACCUCUCAUUUUUCCCGGACGGCCAGACUUGCCACCCAUCACAGCGCCUUCACCUCUAAACAACUGGCCAAUUCCAAUUGUGACCACCACACCGGAUUCACAUCAUCAAGGUCCACUUCCGCCGAUUACCUACCCACCUAUCGAAGAAGGUUCCGAGAAGAUUCCCCCCAUAAGACCAGGGAUAAUAAUAAGUCGACCUGUGACUUCGAAAAAACCGGAUGUUCUAGAAGAAGAAGAGUUCGAAUAUGGAAAUGGAGGAGGUUCACCACCAGGAAUCAAUCCGUUUGAUCUACCGACAAGACCUUCUGUUAACACACCUUCAAGUAUAUUUCAAACUGUUCCUCCUGCCGGAUUCCGUCCAGUGACUCGAGGUCCUGAUGAACAUUCUGGAAUUCCGGAGUAUAUUCCUCGCAAAGGUAAUGUUGAAUACCCUGAAAACACUGAAAACUCUGUGAAUUCCAACAUUGAACCAAAAGGAACGGGAGACACAUUGGUACCUUUUAUCCCUGGUCGUGUGCUACCAAAUGUUCCAACUCAAAGACCUCUCACUAUUCCUAGUUUCUUUACUACUCGUCCUUCUCCAAUGUAUCCCGGUGGCCAGUUCAUUACCAACAAACCACCAAUUAUUGAUCACGGAGCGUUGCCAACACUGAUUCCCCAAUCCGAAAUUGAGAAAUAUGUGCAAACAAAAAUUCCAACUUCAUCCGGGUUCGAGGUCCCUGACACUGAUUUCACAACGCCCAGUAGUACAAGAAAAACUCCAUCACCAGAGGGUUUCAUAGAAGAAAAAACACCUCCGACACUUCCCCCAAGUGGUCAUGAAACAACUGAGACAGAAGAAAACUCGCAUCCGGCAACAAGUACUUCAAGGCCCACGUCUGGAUCUAAGAUUAUUCAUGUUGGACCAAAUGGAGUUGUUGAGGAAAUUGGUAAGCACGGACCAUCCGAAGGAAAUAUUGGAGAACCUCAAGGGACAGGAAUAGAAACUGGAUCAGGACUGGUAACUGGAUCAAAUAAGAUUAUCCACAUCGGUCCAACAAUGCACACUACUUCAUCUCCAAUACCCACAAGCAGCGUCUUUUCUAUCACGUCAACUGAAUCCAGUUCUACAAAUGAUGGUGUUUCCACGUCAACAGCCGAGACGACAACAGUUAAAACUGGAGACCCACAGGUUGAUGAUUGUCUCCUAAAGAUGUCUGAUCAAGGUUCAUCUGUAGUUUGUGAUUGUCCAAACGGGCAAUUCAAAAAUACAGGGACUGGACAGUGUGAAGAAACUUUAUCAUUGAUGAAUGUGAAAAUUCAUGUGAAUUCCAUUUGCAAUACAAACAAAGCAUCUUUCGAACAGAAGCAAAGAAUACUUCAUCAGAAGAUCGGCCAGUCGUAUCAGUCCUGUAUUCGUCCAACAGAACAUGACUAUUUUCUAAUAGCAACUGUAAAGUGUGAAGAUUGUAGUUUGCAAGAAAUUAACCGGCUCCUAACAACAAGAUCUUUCGGAGAACCAGGCAGUUUGAAUGUCACUGCAGAAGCACUCGGAAGCAACUUGUGUUCUGACUCGGAGUUCAAUCACUGUCAUGUUUACUCAGAUUGUGUUUUGGAUAGUGAAGAAUUGAGAUAUGCAUGUCGUUGUAAGAAAGGAACAACUGACACGUCGGAUGGUUAUGGUAGACUUUGCGAAGGCUUUCCAGAAGAAUCUGAUUGCAUUAUGGUGUUUGGAAUAUGUCUAAUUGUCUGGUUGAUGUUCCUUCUCGGAGCAUUCAUGCUAUCCUUGCUUUCCUGUAUUGCUUGUUAUUCCCUUUGUCGGAACCGGUGUUGUCGACACAUUGCCAUUCAUCCUGUGAAUGCUGAUGGUUUGCAGACAGUGGUCAUUGGUCCAAAGGCUGCAAAGAAUUUGGAUCCUAAUGGAAACCGAGAAAGAUUGCCUCAUAUGAAAGCGAUAUUUGCUGAAAGCUUGAAACACAGUGCAAAAGGUUCAACAUCAGUCGCCAGUGCUUUUGCGUUUGCAGAUUUCCGCAGGAAAAAAGUAUCGAGACCGCCAGAUAUGAGUCAAGUAAUAGAAGAAGUUAACGAGACCCCUGUUCCUACAAUGAAAAACUCUGAAUCCUUGCCUAAAGUCAGUAGUCUUGCCAAAAUAUCAACGAACUCUGAGCCUCCAACACCCGUCGGGAUAAUGGAAACGCCUAUCCUUGAAAAGAACUCGAGCUCUGUGUCUCUCGUCUCGGCAAACGACAGUGCUCCUCAACUUCCCAGUUUACCAUUGCCUCUUCCUGUGCCAAUUACAACAAGCACUUCAACACCCAAUUUGGAAGAUACAACUGGAAGGGAGAAGGAAAGAGAUACGGGAGGCAGUGCUCCACAUGAACAACAAGUGCCGGAAGCGGAAAGACCAGCCUCGUCGCAUUCAAUUGGUGUGCAGCCAACCAUUUGGGAGACAUAUCGAGUACUUGGACAACAAUACUCGAAAUCUGAUUUGACUGAGAGAAAAGCCAGUGUAGAUUCAUUGGAACAAAUGUUUGAAGCUAGACUGGCUGAAACUUCUAGAACAACAAAAACUAUUCCAACUGUCCGAACAGACAAAUCGGAUAACUCUGCAAUAAUGUUCACAGCAAAACCAUACAAGGAAGAAACAGAGAAGCAGCAACCCCCUCCAGCUCAACAACCAGUUUCUGAAGAAAAGAAAACACCGCCAGUUGUAAUUGAUACCACCACUGAGAAACUAACGGAAAGUGUGGAGGACAUUCAAAAGAACUUGGAGGAACAAAAAGAAACAUUAAUAAAGGAAACGGAUUCAAAACUGGCAGACAUGAUUGGCGUUACUUCAUUCCAUACUUCUAAAAACGCUUCACCAACCCGUCCUGAUUCUGGAGAAGGUCCUUCAAAAGAAAUAGUUCCAGCAGUUGAGAUUGAGAGUAGGCCGUUCUCACCAUCUUUGGAAAAGUCACUUGAAGCAGCAUUGUUGAUUGAAAUGGCUAAACGUGGAAUCGAACUACCAUUAUCUCCUAAAGACCCUACUCCAAUAUUCCAUGAACUCGAAAAAGUCACUCCUGUCGUCGCUGCAACUGUGGAAAGUACAGAAGAUUCUGACGUAAAACCAGUCAAGCCUGAAACCCCAAAAAAGAUAGAGAGUCGAAAAUCGUCUGCGAAAUCGAGUGCGUCAUCAAGAAAAUCUAAGAUUCCAAGCACGUCACAAUCAAGACAAAGUAGUGCGAAACAACGGAUCUCUCAGAUUGAUGAACAGGAUAAUGAACCGGAAGUGUUUGUUCCGCAAGGAGCCAGAGCAAUACAGGAAAAGAAGAAAAUAUUACGACGGAGUGGUGGCGGCAGUGAAUUAGUUCCGUCCACAGACGAGAGUGAUCCUGAAAUCGCGUUUUUCAAGAAAAUUGAGAAAAUGAAGCAAGACCCAAUGCGAUAUCCUGUACAUCCUUAUCGAAAAUAUGUGCGACGAAGGAAACCGGAAAGAACAUUGUCUAGUAUAUCUGAGAAGAGUGCUGAAAUCGCAGCAGAAGCAGCUUUAGAAUACCCACAGGACACUUCAAUAUCUUGUCCACCGACUACUAGAGCUUUCCUCGAACCACGGGCCCAUAUUGCACCACGAUAUAUUUUCAAACGUAAAGUGGUCGAGGCAACCGAAGAAACGUCUGAUGUUGAUUUGCCGAGACUUUCACCUGCUAAACAUGUACACCCAGUGGUCAGCUCACCAGAAAUCCCCGAUGUUACAUUGCAACGGUCCAUGGAGAACUUGCAUAAGUCAGAGAUGAAAACCAAACCCCAAAAACCAUUCCAUCCACAAACCCCAACAAAGAAAAGUAGUCUUCUGAAAAAGAAAACUAGCGCGAAUGGAUCAGCUGGCCCCUCAUCAAGUGUUCACAGUAGUCGUCACAGUAGCAAGUUCACCUCAAAAGCUACGACUCCAAGAAAUGGUGAUGAAACUCCCGCUUCACUAACCUCACGGAGCACAAGACACUCAGUAAUCAGUCGGAAAAUUGCGAUUCGGAGACAAGAACUGAAAGCCGUGACAGGUUCAGCACGUGAUCUCUCGGGCUCAAGGGCCAGUCGAGUCACCUCUGCCAAUGCUCUCAGAGGUGCCAAAUCAGUCGGAGACCUUUCAAAACGACAACGCCACUGGGAUAUCAGUCCGUAUCGAGACACUCCAGGACCAUCGAGUUUUCUACCACCGAUCACACCGUCAAGAGGAGUCAGGACAGCACUGAAUUCUCCGCAGCCAAGACAUCGACGAAGUGAUAGUCACUUUUCCAUGACGUCUCUACCCCUUAUAUCUCAUUCUCCAACUUCCUUCUGGAGUUCACCAUAUUUCAAUCCCUCUGAAGAUUCUAAAAAACCACCCAAAGAAGAUUUGUGGUGGAAUCCAAAUAAUCGUUUGUAA